CUCGACAGAACUUGUCUUCCUCAACCUUCGUGCGAACUUGCAGAAAAGAUCUUGAAGGUUGGUGGAGUGGCUCGUUAAAAUCGGGUUGUGUGAUCACGUGAUCUUAGACCAAAACGACCUAGUGGCGGAGACUCUGUCGGCAGGUCAGGUGACAGGAAUAGUCAUGUGAUAUUUGCUUGGAAUUGUCUAUGCUGAUGUCAUUGACAGCCUGGCUUUCAAGGCACCAAUGAUCUUCAUCCUGCUUGACGAGCUGUAAAGCUUCACGAUUGCCAACCUUGUGGAUAAACUGCCAAUUCUUUCCCCUUCGUUGGAAAUUAUCGAAAAAUAGAGCGAUGGCAAGCCCCAAUAAUUUAAUCAUUAUGAAGCUAUCGCAAUUGAAGGGAGCGACAAUGUCUCACCCUCGCAGGGCCUUGAUGGCAAGCUGAAAAAGUCGAGACCAACGGAGCAGCGUUUUGGGCCGCUCCUUGAGUCCUUGCAGACAAGCUAGCGCACUCGGAUCGCAGCCUAAUUCAUCGGGGCCAUGAAAUCUCCGGGCUGGAGCCAGGGCGCAGUGAUGAUAUCGAUCCACCCGGCCAGCCCGAGUAACCUGUGUCGCGGCCGUUGCUGGGCCAACAUCCCCAUUGUUGAUCUGAACCGUGGAUAGCUUCAUCAUCCCCAUCCGCUUUUCUCUGUCUGGUUCCCACCUCUAAAUACCUUAACUACCUUGGGGCUUGCUCUUGGUUUCCUCUGCCCAGACUCCGAGCUUGAGACGCUCAUCAACACCCUUGUGUCGUGUUCUAUCUUGCUUGCGUUCUCGUACAGUUUGAGGACUUAACAAGCUUUGUGCCGCAAGCUAUUGUCUCGAGACAGAUCUAGCCCUAAGAAAAGCGGUCUAACCUGUUGACUUUGGCUUUCUUGCUCUUCACUGCCCUUCUUCUUUAGCUUCAUUUUCUAGUUUGUGGUCUUUCUUCGAGAGUUCACUUACUGACACUGGUACAGGCCGGUUCUCGUCCAUCUGCGUGGCCCAGCCGGCUAGCAGCGCCCUACGUGAGAUCCCGCAAAAGUGAUCUGUCCACUGCCCGUUUAUCAAUCGCUCCACGAGUAUCUUGAUCGCCAUGCUUUCGAACCCACACAGUACCCUCCAUGGGCGCCAUCAACGGCAUCGGCGACAGAUCUCGACUCCUUCUGCGCUUGAUGCAGCCAAACCUCCCAGCCUUCCUCCACAGGCAAUGCACAGAUAUCACGCUCAUCGUCGCGGCCAAAGUCUGGACCAACGGGCUGUGCAAGUUCAGCGACCACAGCCCAUGCAAGAUGCUUCAAUUACUAACCAGCAGCUAUCUUUCUCUCCAUCCUCGACACUUGUACCUGGAUUUUCCGACUGCCAAUCGGACAUUCUAGGCAUAACCACCAGCAGUUAUCAGAACCCUCAAAGCAUGCCACUUAUGAACCCGAACUUUGUCAACGCCGAUGAUCAAAUCAGAGAUAAUCGGCCUGUCAACUAUCACCUGAACCUCAUUCAACAGCAGCAGCAGCAACUGCAAAAUGUCAAGCUUGGGUGCAGCAGCACACUCGAAGGCCCACUCCUCGACACCAACGACGGCUGCUGGGAUACCUACCACUCUGACCUAGCGCCAUCACUUCAACGUGCUGCAAAGCCUGCCCCCCUUGACCUAAGGCGGCACUCAGUUCACUCAAACGCAAGCAGCUCAUAUCGGCCGCACACCCCAAAGAAAAGCAAAACACUGUACUUUCCUCUUUCCCCAGCAACGACACCGUUCAAAAAAGCAGUAGACCUUGUCCAAUUUGGUACGGAAACGCAAGUGUCUCCAUUGAAGAAUCAUAAUGUCGCCAGCACCAGCUCAGCACAAUCGGAAUAUAUGCAGCGAACCAGAUCGCUCCAGGGAGUCGCUGGAACUACAUUUUCUCAGCCAAAGAAUGAAAUGCCCUCCCCCCCUCAUACAGACUCAUUUAUGAUUGAUGGUUUUGAUACGUUUGACUAUUCGCAGGGUUCCAGUUUUGAUAUUCUCAAGUCUGAAGAUCUAUCGCAAAACCAGUAUCCAUUGUCCUCUACGUCGUCAACUAUCCCCUCGCCCGAAAUUGCCGCCAUUCCAAGCUCUGAAGAUUUCAUCGAGAGAAAAGCCAAAGUACCUAUUUGUCCCGCUACUCCUAGCCGCCUGAGCCCCAGGAAACAGAUUGGUACACCGUCUGCUGCCUCGGUAGUGAAGCCGAAGCUCUCUCCACGAGUUGCAACAAUUGACAACCUCAACCUUGACGCCCGUGUUCACGCUUCAAUCAAAGAAACCGGUGUCACCAUUGACGAGAUUGCAUCCUUUAUCCACGGACCGGAUCCUGAAGAUGGAAAAUGGGUGUGCCUCCACCCUGGAUGCGAGCGCCGCUUCGGUCGCAAGGAAAACAUCAAGUCACAUGUACAAACGCACCUGGGAGACCGUCAAUAUAAAUGCGACCACUGCGAGAAAUGCUUUGUUCGUGGCCACGACCUGAAACGUCAUGCCAAGAUCCAUACCGGAGACAAGCCCUACGAAUGUCUCUGCGGCAACGUUUUCGCGAGACACGAUGCCCUAACUCGACACCGCCAAAGAGGCAUGUGCAUCGGCGGUUACAAGGGGAUUGUAAGGAAGACAACAAAGCGUGGCCGACCCAAGAAGCAUCGACCGGAGAUGGAGGAUCGACGAGAAAAGGCAUGCAAAACACGCCAGAGAAUCGCGGAGAAAUCGACAUAUGACUCUUCUGAAUCGGAUAUUUCCCGCCAUACGCCGCCUUCGGAGACUUUUGAGAGCAUGAGCCUUCAAGGCUCGACCUCUGCCGACGAGAUGGUGGCGUUUGACAACCCGAACUACUUACCCCCAGAGGUCUUUACUUUCACGCCUCCCGAGUCCCCCAACUAUGGCAUAGGAAGCAAAACGAGAAGCCCACGAUCACUCACGCCAAGCUCCGAGGACGAAAUGUUGCCUCUUUCACCGUCCAAGCGCCCGCUAGAAAACAUUCUGGAAGAGUCAGGUCUCCCACUCAUCUCAGAUGCCAAUACAUGCUCGUUCUCGACCGUUUCAUCGCAUGCCCUCUCUUCUCCGCAUACUGCGCCAACUUUGAGCGACGCGUCUCAGCCAUCCGAUCUCGAUAUCUUCAUCAACAGUGAACCUUCUUCUGGCUUUGGCAAGCACGAAUUCCCCGGAUUGGACGACCCGGACAUGGCCACGUUCCCUGACUAUGUGAAUGUUUCUUCCUUUGACAACAGCUUGGAUCUUCUCCAUGGAAAGAAUUUCUCUACCGGUCCUCCUGUGAGCGAUGAUUUCUUCUCCUUCCAAUUCCAAGUUGAUGAACAACCUUCGGACAUGAUGUCUAGAGAGUUCUUCCUGGAUUAAAGGAUAUAUACCACCACGGGCAAAAAAACGUACCACAUAGAAGAAGACUUGACGGCGCAACGAACCCGCGGAUAAAUAAUGGCUAAUGUGCAACAAUAUACACGACUUUUACCACUUCAUGACUUGGGAGCUAUCAACGACUGGAACCACGCAACAGCAAACGACCUUCGACUUUCAAAACCACACGCUAUGAGACCAUGUACAAUUCUACGACUGCGACAACGUGUCAUUUCCGCGCAAAUGUGUUUUCGGGACAUUUUAUUCCAUCUUCUCCUUCUUUCUUUCAUCAUGGCAUACUGUUUGGAAGGCGAACAACUGAUUCGGUAUCUGGGACGCUGAGCGAAACUGCUUUAUAGAUCGGCGUCAUAUCCCUUUUUUUUGUUACAGGCCGUCCUUUCCUUCUUUUGUGACUUUUAUGCUUGAAUGAUGUCCUUCCGCCCUAUCUUGAACCUUGUAUGAUGUUUACGUUUUUGCUAUGUUUUCGAAAAUAUCCAAGCAAUGAGUGGUCUGCUUUCCGUUCGAGGUGCUUCAACUGGCGCAGACCCUACCAGCCCUUGGUAUUUAUCUUCUUAAUCGGUCGCUAAGUGAUUUGUGUUUGUUGGCCUGUAUUUUACUUAUCUACUACUACUACGUAGUUUACGAAUGACCUCGAAUCCACCAUGAACCUCGAACCCUUGAUGCUCAUUUUCUCCUUAAGAUCUGUGUUACACCAGGUGUUCCAUUCUCGUUCUCAUCUAAUAAGAAUAAGUGCACAGGAGCAUAUGAGCACUGUCAAAUACAAGAGGUAUGCAGACCUCCUCUUACUAAUGGGCACUUCUCCACCCUAUCGACAGUUCAAUCGGGUGGUCUUCCUCAGAAGCAAAAAUAUCACUCUGAACAUUGCCCUUGGGUGCCUUGUCGGCGUAAAAAGUCGUGUUCCCUUGGAAAGAGAGUUUUCCGUCUUCAAUCUAGCAUUUAUAGUUCUGUUAGCCUGGCGUUUGCGCGAUAGCAGGGUAUAUCUUGUAGCAUAGGGUAACGAGACGUACGCUGAAUUCUACUGGAGUUGAAACAUGGGAACCGCAAGUGAAGACGUCAUCUUGGAAGGCGCAACCGCCUCUGCGGGUUUCCAAUGUGAAUGUGUCAUCUAAGAAAGAGAGGGCGGUUAACGCAGUUCUCCGGCCCUUGGCAUGGAAAGGAACGAACCUGAGAUCUUCUUGCCCUUGAAUGUGGCGCAUGUGCCCGAAGAAUACCAGGUACCGCGCCCGAUUAUGCAACCGCGCUGAUGGCCCAUGGAGGAGACGACUAGGUUUCCUCUGCCGAUGAAAGGCGUGACUGUUCCUGUUGGCUCAUGGGGAUGUCGGGUUGCAGUGGGCUUGUGGUCGGGAUUCUUGUUGGGCGUUUUCGGCUGGUAGAAAAUGCCGGUGCUCGGGCAGUUGGAUGUUUGGCCGUCUAUAGUAAUUUGUUAGCUUUUAGUGUGUGAAUUAGAUAGAUUGAACAAACCUGGCUCUGAAGGGACGAAUCUUCCCGUCUGCAGGGGCCCCUCGACAUUGAAAAAGUACCAGACUUCCUGGAGCCGGUGGGAGCGGCAUCGGACUGUAACAGUUGCGCCGUGAGCUUUGGAUAAUGCAUCCUCUAUCUCGCUGCGGGUGUAUGUCUGGUCGUAUGAAGGAACUAUGCCGGCGUUCGAGAGUGUCUACAGUUCUG